UUGGUGGUUGCAGCCGCGGCGGAGAGGGAACCUUUUCGGCGAAGAACCCAAGUUACCGGUUGGUUGUUCAUCGCGUGUUUCUGCUGAAAAUUUAGACCGAAAGAAAUUAAAGAACAGAGGAGAAAGGUGCCCAGAUUUUUUUGUGUGCUUAACUUGGACGGCACAGUGGCGCAGUGGUAGAGUUGCUGCCUUACAACGCCAGAUACCCCGGUUCGAUCCUGCCUAAGGAGUUCGUGAAUUCGAUCUGUGACCGCGUGGGUUUUCUCCAGCUUGCUCUGGUUUCCACCGACAUUCCAAAGACAUGCAGUACGAUCCAUACGCCUACAAUGCUGAAUACGACCUUCAUACUGGGGAUCCCAAGCAGGACCUUGCUUAUGAGCGACAGUAUGAACAACAAACUUACCACGUGAUCCCAGAAGUAAUAAAAAAUUUCAUCCAAUACUUCCACAAGACCGUGACUGACCUGAUUGAACAGAAGGUCUAUGAGCUGCAGUCCAACCGUGUGUCCAGUGAUCUGAUUGAACAGAAGCUCUAUGAGAUUCAGGAUAUCUAUGAAAACAGCUGGAACAAACUGACAGAGAGGUUCUUCAAAAACUCACCCUGGCCCGAAGCAGAGACAAUUGCCUCCAUAUGUCGGAACGAUGCUGUCUUCCUUAUUCUUUAUAAGGAGCUCUACUACAGGCACAUUUAUGCUAAAGUUAGCGGCGGACCUUCGCUGGAACAGAGGUUUGAAUCUUACUACAACUACUGCAAUCUGUUCAACUACAUUCUCAAUGCUGAUGGCCCUGUUCCCCUGGAGCUCCCGAAUCAGUGGCUGUGGGACAUCAUUGACGAGUUCAUUUACCAGUUCCAAUCUUUCAGCCAGUACCGCUGCAAAACAGCCAAGAAGACAGAGGAGGAGAUUGAUUUCCUACGGUCGAAUCCCAAAAUCUGGAAUGUUCACAGCGUCCUCAAUGUCUUGCAUUCCCUAGUGGAUAAAUCCAACAUCAAUCGGCAGCUGGAAGUCUAUACCAGUGGAGGAGACCCUGAGAGUGUUGCCGGGGAGUAUGGACGACACUCCCUGUACAAGAUGCUGGGAUAUUUCAGCCUGGUUGGGCUCCUACGUCUCCAUUCCCUUCUUGGAGAUUACUACCAGGCCAUCAAAGUGCUUGAGAACAUUGAACUCAAUAAAAAGAGUAUGUACUCCAGGGUGCCAGAGUGUCAGGUCACGACUUAUUACUAUGUGGGCUUUGCCUAUUUGAUGAUGCGACGUUACCAGGAUUCGAUCCGUGUGUUUGCCAACAUUUUGUUGUAUAUUCAGAGAACCAAGAACAUGUUUCAGCGCUCAACCUACAAAUAUGAAAUGAUAAACAAGCAGAACGAGCAGAUGCACAGUCUACUGGCAAUCGCCUUGACACUGUACCCGAUGAGGAUCGACGAGAGCAUCCAUACCCAGCUGAGAGAGAAAUACGGAGACAAAAUGCUGCGCAUGCAGAAAGGAGAGAUGAAUAUCUUUGAGGAGUCGUUCAGUUUUGCCUGCCCCAAGUUCCUGUCGCCCGUGGUGCCAAAUUACGACUCGGUGCAUCCAAACUAUCACAAGGAGCCCUUCCUGCAGCAAAUGAAAGUCUUUAUGGAUGAGGUGCAGCAGCAGUCGGUACUUUCCACCAUCCGUAGUUUCCUGAAGUUAUACACCACAAUGCCCGUGGUUAAGUUGGCUGGGUUUCUUGACAUGACUGAGCAGGAGUUUCGCAUCAACCUCCUAGUCUUCAAGCACAAGAUGAAGAACCUGGUGUGGACCAGUGGCAUUUCAGCCCUCGAUGGUGAAUUUCAGUCAGCUUCAGAAGUUGACUUCUACAUCGACAAGGAUAUGAUCCACAUCGCAGAUACCAAAGUGGCCAGGAGAUACGGAGACUUUUUUAUCAGGCAGAUUCACAAAUUUGAGGAGCUCAAUCGAAGCCUGAAGAAAAUCACCCCACGAUAAUGGGACUCUGGUGAAGUAGAGAUGCCACUUGAUGGUCGCCGAGCGAGUCCCUUGUAAUUGUUGCUCCCAAUAUAUAUGUAGAUAUAUAACAACUGUGUUAUUUGGCUGGAGAUAACUUGAGUACCUUCUACAAAUACAUAUUGGCAACCACAAAGCAA